CCCCGCCCGCGGCACGGCGGCGGCAGGAGGCGGAGGCAGCGCGGCCGGGAGCGGAGCCCCCAGAGCCGGCCCGGCCCGGGCCGCGCCGCCGCCACCACGGGAGGCUGUUCCUGUGCAUCCCCCGAGGGGCUGAGCCUUUCCUGGGGGAACAUGCACUGAAAGAGGAGCUUUGCCACACAACGGCUGCCGGUGCCCUUCGCCUGGACCCUGAUGGCCACGGAGGCAGGACUGCACUACCAUGGUGAUGAUCUUAACCAAAACUCGGGAAAGCAAAGGUGCUGACUCUGUAACAUGCAGGACUGAGCUGCACACUCCAAAGAUGAGUCAAGGACCUACUCUCUUCUCUUGUGGCGUGAUGGAAAAUGACAGAUGGAGAGAUCUCAGCAGGAAAUGUCCACUCCAGCUCGAGCAGCCGGGCGCCAGCAUCUGGGACUGCUUGUCGGACAAGGGCGAGGAGGGCUCGCGCUGGCCGAGGGACGCGGCCAGCACCUGCUCCGUCACCAACCUGAUCAAAGACCUCAGCCUCAGCGACCCCCACGGCAACUCCUCGGCCCCCCCCAGCAAGCGCCAGUGCCGCUCCCUCUCCUUCUCGGACGAGAUGUCCAGCUGCGGGACCUCCUGGAGACCCUUAGGCUCCAAGGUUUGGACCCCGGUGGAGAAGCGGCGAUGCUACAGCGGGGGCAGCGUGCAGCGUUACUCCAACGGCUUCGCCACCAUGCAGAGGAGCUCGAGCUUCAGCCUCCCCUCGCGAUCCCACCCCUUCUCCUGCGAGCAUCCCGCCCUCGGCAACCGGCCGGGAUGCCAGGCUGGGAAACCGGCCACCGACAGGCAGGGAGGAGAGCGGGUGGACAUGCAGAGGUCCCUCUCCUGCUCACACGACCGCUUCUCCUGCUCGGAGUACUGCCCGCCCUCGGCCCGCAGCACGCCCGCCUCCACGCCCCAGCUGGGCCGGCGGGCCGGCGGGCUCUCGCGGAGCCGCUCGCAGCCCUGCGUCCUCAACGACACAAAGGUCGGGGUCAAGCGUCGGAGGCCAGAGGAGGUUCAGGAGGAGAGGCCCUCGCUGGACCUCGCCAAGAUGACCCAGAACCGCCAGACGUUCAACAGCCUGACCAGCCUUAGCGCCGGGGCCGAGGAUGGCGCCCAGCGGCUCCCCGGCCCCCAGCCAUGGACCACGGCCCCCAGCUCCCCGGAGGUGAUGCCGGGCAGGACCCCUGCCUGCACCCCUGUGCCAGAGCCACCACCUUCCCGAGCUGAGGAGUGCCGGACCAGCCGGGAUGACCUCUCCUGUGAGGAGGAGGAGGAGGGCGGCGGGAAGGAGGAGGACGGGACGGCGUGGCGGAGCGGCGGGACGAGCGCCGAGAGCCUGUUCCAGCUGGAUGGAGAGAUAGACAUCGAGCAGAUAGAAAACAACUGAGGAGGGAGCGGGGUCCUCUUCCCCCCACCCGGGGUCGGGGGCUCCCCGCUGCCAGCGCUGGGGUCCUGCCCAACGCUCUCCUCUGGGCAGCUGGAGGGGAUGAAGCAGCUUUGCCAAAAUUUCAUCAGGUAUUUGGAGCAAUCCGCGUGCGUGUGAAUCUUGAAAUCCUUUGUUAACUACUGUAGCCAGAGCUCAGCGGCCGGAGGGAACUGCCUGUCCCGCUGGGAAAACCAGGCGCAGGGAAGGCCAGAAAACUCGCCUUCCAGCGAGGAAAUGGCUUUGGCAAACGUGGGGUUGCAGCUGAUGGGGCUGCCAGGUUCCCCUGCCUCCUGCCUGCGCUUGUUAAAAGGGGAUGCACAUGGAGAAACCACAGCCCGUGGGACUGGAAAAAGUGUGUGUGGGGGAAAAACCAGAAUAUUGGGCUUUGCAGCCCGAGCUGGGGGCUGCGGGGGCGGCUGCGGCCCCUGUCCUCGGGCCGCAUCCCGCAUGGCUCCAGCACCCACCUCGCUCCCCAGGUCCCUGGCAGGGGGAAAUCACAAGUGAAGUGUUUUGCUUCGAUGUAACAAUGGUAAGAGCUGGAUUUUUUUACUUUUUUUUCUUUUUUUUUUUUUAUUUUUCCUGGUGAGGAAUUAAAGGGACCCCCGGCCCGCACGGGACAGCGCCCACAGCAGCGCUCGGUGGGCGCUGCCCGAGGAUGCUCAAACCUUCCCUAUGUUGUUUUUUUUUUUCCCUUUCCAAUCAAUCCCUUCUCUCCAUCCCAUCAGGAAGACGCCCCGAUCGGGCUCGGUGCCACCCUUCCUGAGGUUCCCAACCCCCAGUUCUGAGCGGGGCUGGGCCGUGCACCCCUUGCCCAGCGGCCCCGCUCUCUGUGCUGCCCAGGGCACAGCUGCCACCCUGGGGACGUGGCUCUGUCUUACUGUGAAGGGCUGCACGCCCCAGGCCCGCCAUGGGGUUACUUGACACAAGUCAGCUGGAGAAAGGCUGAAAAUUCCAGGUAGCAGCACUGAAAGCUUUUCCUGUGCCUUGUCAGAAGCACGGAUAAAGUGGUGACCCUCAUGUUUGUACGAUAGGAAUCCUAUUUUGGUAAAAAUAAGCUGUCCGUUGACCAGCAGGUGUAGAAGGACACGUUCAUUUUUGUGGGGGUUUUUUCCCCCUCUUUUUUAAUUUUUAGUUGGUUUAAAGCUCCAGGAAAGCUCCGAGUGGCUCCCAGCAUCUUCUGCAGGUUCCCUCAAGCUCAGGGUUUAACUUCCUGAUCUCCAUAAAAGUGAGACAGGAAAACAAAAAAACCAAGAAAGUCGCCGAUACCAAUGGCAAUUGAAGGCGUGAUGUUUUUAACAGGGCUCAGCACCCACCCCUGGCAAAGCUUUUGGAGCCUGUAACUCAGCGAGGGCCGAGAGCCACUCGAGCAGGUUUUACUCAUCAUUUCUGGUUACGUUAGUGCACUUUUUUCUGCGGUGGCUGGGGAUGCGCGCGGCAUCUCCCCUCACCGUGGAACCCCUCAGCUGUUCGAUAGCUUUACCCCCAGCCUGGCACCGCGGUGGCCACGGCCGCUCCCUCCGGGCCGGGUGCUGGCAGGCAGAGCCAGCCCCAAGGAUUUUUUGGGAAGGGAUGACAGGGAUGGCUUUUCAUUUUGGAGAACCCUCCGGCUCUUCUAAAGUGUCGCUUGAUGCAUCGCUUAAGAGAAGAUAGGUCCUGGUUUCGUUCUUGGCCCUCCUGGAGUGGAAGGCGCUGCCGGUUCUUGGCUUGGAGUCUUCCUGAUGCUUGAUCCUCCCCCUGCACCGACGUGUCCCCGCUCUCGGGGCACACAGCUCCUGCUGGCCACAGGCACCUCCUCAGCUGCCAGGCUCCAGACUGACCGAAAAAGGGCAAAUUCACCCAAAUCCAUGUCCAGCUGCUGCCACAGAGCUCCAGGUGGGCUCAGCACCGGGGAGAGGGGGGGGGGGGGCUGUAAUUCCUAAGGGCUUCUGUUUUCUUUCCAAGGGCUGCUACCGGUGCCAUGCUAACCCCCCUGGUAGGAAGGUGACCAGUGGACCACUACCCAGCUGUACUCGCCGUAGCGUUCAGUUUACACACAGCACAACCUGUUUGCCUUACUAGAGAUGCUUCUCCAAUGAGUCAUGGCCUUAUCCUGGGCACGUUAGCGUAGGCACAGACUACAGUUAGCGGCGGUUUUGAGGCCACGGUGGGGUUCUCUUGGGUAUUUCCUUGCUGGGUUUGUAUGAUUUCGUGUACUUAUUCUCAGUUUAAGAAAGCCUUACUUUUUACAUUAUUUUUUUUUUCUCUCUCUCUCUCUCUGUAGAGGUAAAACGUUUGUGGAUUUAUAUAUAUAUAUAAAUAUAUAUAAAUAAAGUAAUUAAAAAUAUUAAAUAUAAUAUUAGCAUGUGCCUCAGAUUCAGGGGACAUCCUGUUGAUUGUAAAAUCAGAAGUGGCGCCGCUCCCUGGCAGCAGGAGAUCCGCGUGCCCUGUGACCAGAGUGGGAGAGCAGGGCAUCCCCCCUGGGGGGGUCCUGCUCUUGGUUUGUAAAGGACUUCACCUGUUACAGGGAUGCUUUGGGGACCCCCCCCCCCCACUUCCCAUCAAAUUCCUGCCGGCUGCCAGAAUGUGAUGUUAAAUAUGCAGACGAGGGAUGUUAUUCCUUGCUAGGAAAAAACAAAACAGGCUCAUGAUUGUGAAGAGACUCAGUGGCUUGUCCAGGGAUUUUGAUAGGAAAAGUCUUAAUGCGUGCACAGGGUGGGUGCAGAUGUAGCUCUUGGAGCCUGUUCUGUGCAAAGAUUGCAUUCAAAAGACAAAAAAGGAAGUAUUUGUAAAAUAGAUUGUAAUUUUUCCACGUUCCAGCGCAGCCUGUCGGGCCCAUACGGUUGUGGUUGAAGUGCAUUUUUUCAGAGCUCCUGGCUGAACAGGCAAACGGACUUGAUGUAGGACCUUAGAGGAUUGUAGCAGUGCUUUACAGCGUUCGUGGGUGUGACGGUCAAGAAAUCCAAAGGAUGGCCAAAAAAAAAAAAAAGAGAGGAGAAGGGAAAAAAAAAACAAACACAAAAAAAGGACCAAAAAAAAAAAGAAAAGAAAAAAAAAGAGACAGCCUUCUGAAGCUAUGACCUGUAGUAGCCAUGUCUCGCUGGCAAUUGCACAAGCGCAGCGGGACCUGCGUGUCCCUGGGGAGGGGCUGCCCGAGGUGCCCCCACCGGUGCAGGCUGCCCCCUCAUCCCCCUCCAUGACUUGAUUGCACUAGAGCAGCUCAGUCUCAGGAAAUUGCUUGUUACUUUUACUGUGUAAAUAAAGCUUCCUGGUUCAAUAA